AUGACUGCGCUGAGCACCUGGACGGCAGGCAUCACUGGAGCGCAGUCCUCUGUGGCUAGCCGGGGUGGCCAUUCACCAAGGUUCGGGUUCGCAGCCACGUUCAUCGAUCCCGCCAGCAAGAGCGGCAUCCCCAUGAUGUCGUACUUUUUUGCGAGCACCGGCGUGGCGACGGCGGGUGCCGAACUCCCAAGGUUAAGUAAGGGCGAGUAG